CUCUGAAAAGUGAAAGUGUGGACGCCACUGCUUAUGCUCAAGGAAGCAUAGGUUAUUACAAUAACAGGCGAGUGGAAGACGCCGAGUGCCAGCGUGCAGGUUUCUGCUCCAGAAUUUUUGUUUUUCUGCCAGCAAAGUGACCAAGUGUAAAGAUGCUAAAUGAGUGAGGUCUUUCUAGAACACCUUCACCUCUAGUUGUAGUUUUAGUCUUCAAUCAAGUUGAGCAAAGAAAAUAGGCAGCAUAGAGACAUUACACUUGAUAAUCACUGGAAUGAUGGGAGUUCCUGCAUCCUGUGUGGUGGUGCUAACAUUCAUUCUUUACAGCCACAGUUUGAAAAUACAAAGUACUCUGCAUGUGUCUAAAAGCUCUCAGGAAAAUGUACUGAAUCCCAGUAAAUGUGUGUCCAGGACCAAUCAGCAGCAGAUAAUAGCAAACCCAUAUAACUUCUCUGUGGAUCUUCGCAUGCCUGGUGUUAUCCCAACUGGGUCGGACACUUACCUUUGCAUGGCAUUUCCAGUUCCAACUAGGCAAGAUGCAUAUAUUGUGGACUUCAUACCUCUUGCCAGUAUGGACACAGUCCAUCACAUGCUGCUCUUUGGCUGUCAGACCCCUGUCUCCACCCACAGCUUUUGGGACUGUGGCAGUGUGCAAGGCACUUGUGAGGAUGAAGCAGCAAUUAUGUAUGCCUGGGCUCGAAAUGCACCACCUACCAAAUUACCCAAAGAUGUUGGCUUUAAAGUUGGAAGAAGUUCAGGAAUGUCCUACUUUGUACUGCAGAUUCAUUACGGAGAUAUUAGUGCUUUCAAAGAUCACCAUAGAGAUUGCUCAGGACUUACUUUAAGAAUGACUUCUAGGCCGCAGCCAUUCAUUGCUGGCAUAUAUUUGCUCAUGUCUGUGGACACAGUUAUCCUUCCAGGAAAAAGAGUUACAGAUGCAGAUGUCGCAUGCGAUUAUACUUCAUAUCCAAUCUACCCAUUUGCCUUCAGGACCCACACACACCACCUUGGUAAAGUGGUCAGUGGCUACAGAAUUCGAGAUGGGAAGUGGACCCUGAUUGGGAGACAAUCCCCUCAGCUACCACAGGCUUUCUAUCCUGCUAACAAGCAGGUGAAUGUGAAAUAUGGUGAUACCCUUGCUGCCAGAUGUGUGUUCACUGGUGAGGGCAAAACCUCAAAAACUUACAUUGGCGGUACUUCUGAUGAUGAAAUGUGCAACUUCUAUAUAAUGUAUUACAUGGACAGCAGACAUGCUAUCCCUUACAUGAACUGCAUGGAGAUGGGUUCUGAAGAGCUGUUCCAACAUAUUCCCACUGAGGCAAAUGUACCCAUUAAAGUCAGUCCAAGCCAUAUGAAUUCUGUGAUGCAUCUGGGACAAUCUACAGAUGAUCGUGACCACGCAGUUGUGCUGGAUACAAACAAACCAGAAACUGUGGAUCAGGACUACCAUUUUGAGCAAGUUUCAGCUUGGCCACAGAGUUCACUUCAGCUAGGACAGGUGUCAGGACUUGCUCUUGACUCAGAUUCUAACUUGGUCAUUUUUCACAGAGGUGACCACCACUGGGGAGCAGACUCUUUUAACAAUCAGGCAAGAUACCAGCAGAGGUCCCUAGGACCAAUUCAGCAGUCAGCCAUUUUAGUUGUGGAUCCAUCCAAGGGCAGUAUCUUGAAGGCUUCUGGCAGAAACAUGUUUUUUUUGCCUCAUGGAAUAACAACAGACAAAGAGAAUAAUUACUGGGUGACUGAUGUGGCUCUUCAUCAGGUGUUAAAAGUUAGCAGUGAUGGCAAAGACAAAACCUUGAUGGCAUUAGGAGAGGCCUUUAUACCAGGGAGUGACAACAACCAUUUCUGCCAGCCCACUGAUGUGGCAGUUGACACUGAAAGUGGGAACAUCUUUGUCUCUGAUGGUUACUGUAAUGCCAGGAUAAUAAAGUUCUCUGCUGAUGGCAAAUACCUGUCUGAGUGGGGUGCAGGCUCAUCAGACAGGAGAAGGCGAAUACCUUUUCAUAUUCCCCACAGCCUGGUGUUACUUCCUGAUAAAAAGGAAAUUUGUGUGGCAGAUAGAGAGAAUGGACGCAUCCAGUGCUUUAUAGCAGAAACUGGAGAGUUUGUCAAGGAAAUUAAGAAAGAUGAAUUUGGAGGGGAAGUGUUUGCUAUCUCCUAUAGCCCUACUGGGGAUGGCUUGAUUUUUGCAGUAAAUGGGGAAUCGCUAUCUCGUCCAGUUCCAAUUAGAGGGUUUGUUAUAGAUUAUUCAACCAAGGAUAUUUUGGACACCUUUAGCCCUAACAAAAAGGAGUUCAAAAUGCCUCACGAUAUAGCUGAAACUAGGGAUGGCAGUGUUUUUGUUGGGGAUGCCAGCAGCAAAUCCGUCUACAAGUUUACAACAGAGAAGUUGCAUCAUUCUGUUAAGAAAGCUGGAAUUGAAGUUCAAGAACUUGAAGAAAUGGACACCGUUGUCCAAACUAAGGUAAAGCAAGACACAUCAAAGACCGCAGCCAUCCAAGAGAAGCAAACUGUGGUCCAAAAAACUCAACCACAGUUAGAGGCAGACAAAGAGAGGAAGAGUCCAGCAAAGCUUAACAAAGGAGAGCGUGUACUCCCAGUCAUCAUCACCACCCUGCUGCUCAUUCCUCUGGUUGUUGUGAUCUCCAUAGGAGUCUUCAUUUCCUGGAGGAAAAAAAAUCAACGUGAGGUCAAAGCUGAACCCAGCUCAGUGAGAGGCAUUUUGGGAAAAAUAAGGGGUAAAGCAGUGGGCAGUCUGAAUCUGGGAAACUUCUUUCCAUCCCAUAAGGGUUAUAGUCGUCAGGGCUUUGACCAGCUGAGUACUGAAGGCAGUGACCAAGAGAGAAAUGAUGAGGACAGCAGCGACUCUGAAAAUGAGGAGUACUCUGCUCUGCCGCCGCCUCAGUCCUCCUCUUAGAUGUUCUGGGGCCAACUGCAAACCUUCCACCAACCUUCUGCUAAAAUCGCUGAUGUAGUUAUUCAUCACAUGUGUAACUGUUGUACCAGCUGCCAAUGUGUGUGUGUGUGUGUGUAUGUGUGUUAUUGUAUGUAAAAAAUAUUUUGAUAAGUUAUUUAUUUAAUUCAGCUAUGGUAUUCAUACAGCCUUUUCUGGCAUAAUCUACUCAUGUCACAGUGUCACUCAUUUGAUUUCCCCAAAUCAAACCUGCUUUUACUGAGAUUAUUAACAAUAUUUUGAAAAAUCUGGAGUUGGUUUUGGCCUUAAAAUAACAAUGCAAAUCUGUUAAAAGAAUGAGAUCAUUUCCCCUUCAGCUGUUAAAGGCUGAUGUUGGAUUGCUGUCCGCCUUCAAAGUCAGUGUUUUUUUUAACAUGCAUUCCCUUUGUUUUAUUAACAAAGGAUUCAUCUUGAUGGUGAUUAAUCAGCCUCCAACUGUCCUGCACCAUAAUGUAGCUCUCACUCUAGUCAUUAUGGACUUGGCUUCCUCGUCAGCUAUAUUCUUGCUGUUCAUGGCGAAAAAAUACUCUGAUGAAUUCUGUCAUUUUUCUGUUUCUCAAGUUUUUAGCAAAAGUGGCAUUUCAUUUGAAGUGUGAAAUAGAGAAAUAUUGUCAAUUCAUUUUUUUCAGUUUUAUUUAUACAGCACCAAAUCACAACAACAGUUGAUGAAAAGUUUGUAAUAAUACGCAGAGACUACGCAGGAUGCAUUUAAAUAUCACACUCACUUGAAUGAAAAUUGCUUGUGUGGUGAAACCCACUGCAUAUGAGAUUUGAUGAGAAUUUUUUUUUUAAUCCUGUAUUUGGGAAAUUCUUUUUUUACAGCCACUGAAAUGACUAACUAUAAUUAUAAUAAUGUAUGGUCAGACAUAUAUAUUGUGUUAUAGAGGGAGAUGGCAUAUAAAAGAUUUCCUAUAUCUGUUUUUGUAGCAGCAGAGCUACAAAAACAGCUCUUGUUUGUUAGAAUAGCUGGUGCAGUGAUUGGUCAGGAUUAUCCAUAAUGGAUUAUCCAUAAUGGACAAUGGUGACAACCUGUCCACCAAAUGUGCUUCAAAUGUGUCCAGUUUGCAGCCAAUCACACAGCCAGCCUCUCUAAUCAGUUUAUUCAAUCUGUUGGUCACUAUAUUAUGAUUUGAUGAUAUCACUUAAUAAAUUACUUGCUCAUAAAAGAUUGCUUUCUCUGGGAAAGUUUCCCAAAUUUAAAACAUCUGAUCUUGUUUGCAGUUUCAGUUAUUGUGUUAUCUAUAUGGUAACCUACUUACUGCCACUUUUGCUGGUCAUUGCGCUUGUUGCAUUGAAAAGGAAAUGUAGGGGGCGGCGCAAACACUGUUAUCGUCACCAUGUCGAGUGGUUGACCUAAUAUGGUUACUUCUACCCUUAAACACAAUGAUUUUACACCGUUUCAUUAUCAUUUCUAUUUUUCAUUUAAUCUUAAGCUGGAUCAGUUUUUUUUACUUGUGAUUCUGUGCCUCUUUGCAUCUGUCUUGCCUUUUGUUUUAAUUACGUGCCAUUACAACACAUACCAUGGGAUGAAAACUGCUGCCAGUAGAGCUUGUAUCAUAGUGAUUUUAUUUCCCUUCAGAAAAUUUUAUAGUGUAUAAAUUCAUAUAUGCCUGAAUCUCUGUGCACUAAUCAUUCUUUAGAACAGGGGUAGGGAACGUUAGUCCUUGAGAGCCGGUGUCCUGCAGGUUUUAGAUCUCACCCUGGGUCACGACACCCGACUCAAAUGAUUAGGUCAUUACCAGGCCUCUGGAGAACUUCAAGAAAUGUUGAGGAGGUAAUUUAGCCAUUUAAAUCAGCUGUGUUGGAUCAAGGACACAUCUAAAACCUGCAGACCUCUUGAGGCCUGGAGUUCCCUACCCCUGCUUUAGAAGAACCACUUCUCAAGCUUCAUAAUGUUAAACCCAGCUUAUAAAUAUAUAUACACAAAAUAUAUAUGGUUUUGUUUUAUCUUGUCCUACCUAGCAGCCUAAACCAACUGGGUGUUCUGACUUAAUCAAUAAAAGCAUUUAUAUGUAAAAAUCAAUAAAGACAUAUUCAGUCUGAUGGCAGCAGUGUGGCACAAGUGAAGUCCAAAUUAAUGUGUAUUAAUUAAAUUAAUUAAGGAAAAUUCACUGAACACACUUCAUGCACAUACUGGAAGCUCAAAGAUAGUGGAUGAAGACUUUUGUUUAUUCAAAAUAUUCAAGUUUGUUCAGGAUUCUGAGGUUUAGUUUCAGUUACUCUUUUUUCCUUUUUUAUGUAGUCUGCACCACUUCUUUUUGUAUUUAACCUCAGUAUAUCAUAAUGUUUAAAUGAUUUCCUAACACGAUGCCAUGUUUUACAUGUGGAUGCUGUAAUAUUAGUUGUGACACACUGGUUUUGCUGCAAGAGUACUAUUUUCAGUAACUGUUAUUUGUGUAAUAAAGUGUUUGCAAAGCA